AUGAAGAAACAAUUGUGCGCUAAAAAUAUUUUGGCAGACGUGAACGAAUGCGACAUCCAGGAAGACGUUUGCCCACAGCCGAAUUCCGCCUGCAAAAACACAGUGGGCAGCUAUGUUUGCGAAACCGACGCUCUGGGUUUCACAGAAAGCAAUAAUAACGUCGUGGAAUCUGCUGACGACUUUUAUCGGGUAUUCAAGGACAAAAAUGCCAAAUCGAGCAAGAAUUUGCAAGCCUCUGUCAUCGGCUCGGAAACCCGUGUCAUUUGUCCCAUGGGAUACAGGUUCAGUUUGGUCAAACAAGAUUGCGCAGGUGAAAUGCAAAUCUUUUUUUUGUUUAUGUGCAAUUUUCCCAGCUUCCUUUUGAAGCUUGAUUUUUCUGCCAAUAACAAUGAUGAUUGCCAUUUGUCUCAUGAAGAUGUGGACGAAUGCGAGGAAGAAAUCCACACCUGUGGAGACGCUUCAAAAUGCAUCAACACCCAGGGCAGCUUUUCUUGCCAAGGAAUUGGCAAUUCCACGUGCCCAGCUGGGUUCAAGUGGGAUCCUGUCAACAGAAAUUGCAAAGAUGUUGAUGAAUGUUCGGAGCAACUGGACAACUGCAAACCAGUUUCAGAGACGUGCAAAAAUACCCAGGGGGCUUAUGAGUGCGAAUUAAUUUGCCCACCAGGACUGAGAUUCAACAUCAUCUCUGCUUCUUGCAUGGAUAGAUGUCGCUUCAACCUUGAAACUCGAAAUAUUCAGUCGAUUCUCACAUAUCCUGACCUGAACUACAGUCUUUGGAUUGCAAAACACGUUGUUCAACUUUUUGGUUUUCAAAACACAAAAGGAAAAUCUACAUUCAAAUUCAAAAUUCUUCCAAUAAUAAUGGACGAAUGCGUCAACACACCCGGAUCGUAUUUCUGCACACCUUUGGCAUCAACCGUGCCAACUUGUGGACCAGGAUUCGCCUACAACAACGUCUUGAAAAAAUGCGAAGAUGUGAAUGAGUGCGGAGUUGGUCCAGGUCCGUGUCCAGGAGGAGUCCUGCACUGCGUCAACACACCUGGCUCAUAUUUUUGUCUUCCACAAUCUUCUUCUCAAUUGACAAAAAAGACGUGUCCCAUCGGAUUCCAAUACAGCUUUUCCGCCAAAGAAUGCAUUGAUUUUGAUGAAUGCACCAACAAAUCAAACAUAUGCAGAAACCGUUUGCAAACUUGCAUCAACACAAUUGGCAGUUACGUGUGCGAUGAAAAAAUGCUCUGCGGGGCAGGACUGGAACCCAAUCGAGACAACACUGCUUGUGUGGGGAAUGACGACAAAAUGAGUAUUUGCACACAAUCGACUUGCCAAAACGGCGAUUGCAUCGUGCGUCAAGGAAAAGCCGUUUGCUUGUGUCAUCUUGGAUUCCAGUGGGACCAGAAAACUGUCAGUUGUGAAGAUAUAAAUGAAUGCCAACAAAAUGAGGACAUGUGUUUGCCUUCACAACGUUGUGACAACACGAUUGGCUCGUUUUCCUGCAUUCGAGUCACCAGUUGUGGAACAGGUUACACCUUGAAUUCAGCACGAAAUGCCUGCGAAGAUGACGACGAAUGUGCGUUGGGAACAGCGGGUUGCGAAGCCUUGGGCCCGGGUUUCUCCUGUGAGAACACCGAGGGUUCCUUCAAAUGCGUGAGACGUCGUUGUUCCGGUGUCGACGAGGAAAUGAACGAGGUGACAGGCAGGUGUGACCGGAUCUCGACACCCGACUGCGCUGUCGGCUUCCGGAAACGUGCUUCCAAUCCCAAGGACUGCGAAGAUAUCAACGAAUGCCUGCAGUAUGGUAUUUGCCCUAUGGGCAAGGUUUGCGUGAAUACUCCAGGUUCAUUUCGCUGCGAAUUUUUGCUGAAAUGUGGCACUGGUUUGCGGAUUGAUUCGUCUGGGACAAGUUGCGAAGAUGUGAAUGAAUGCGAGGAAGGAACAGACGAUUGCAAAGCCGGGGAAGUUUGCAGAAAUCUGCCUGGAACUUUUGCGUGCGAUUGUCCGAGCGGGUUUGAGCGGACCUACGGAUUUGCGGGAGCAACGGCAGCGUCGAUGAAAACCUCGUCAUCGACAGCAGUGACAUCUGAGUGUCGGGACAUUGACGAGUGCCAGGGGUACAGAGGGUCUCAGGUCUGCUCCAGGAGUUCCGAGUGCGAAAACACGAUUGGCAGCUACAGGUGCAAUUGCAAACAGGGAUUCAAACAGGGCGAGGAUGGACGAACCUGUAUUGGCAAGUUAUCGUGCUUUACUUAUAUUUAUACUGUAUUUUCGUUUAUUUUCACAAAUUUUCAGUGUAGACGCAAUACGUGUAUAGAUGUCACUCAAAAUCUUGAUGAAUGCACAGAAGUGGAUAAUAUUUGCCAGCAAAAAUGCGUCAAUUUCUGGGGCUCGUAUCACUGCACUUGUGAGUUGGGCUACAAGUUGAACCCCGACAAAAGAUCAUGCACGGAUAUUGAUGAGUGCGAAGAUUACAAAGCAGUCGGUACCAGUUUAUGCAUUGGCAUGUGUGUCAAUACUCCAGGAAGCUACAAAUGUUCUUGUCCUGCAGGAUACAAGCUGUCUUCUGAUGGACGUCGGUGUGAAGAUGUGAAUGAGUGCCACAGCAAUCCUUGCAGAGAAGAUCAGAUUUGUUCUAAUGCACCAGGAAGUCAUCGCUGUCAUGACAUCAGGUGUCCACCAGGCUACAUCAGGGAUACCACCAGAACCAAUCGCUGUAAGUUGGCCUCAACUGCACCUUGUGCCAGAAGAGACACAGAGUGUCUGAAAAAGCCCUGGAGCUACUCCUACAACUUCCUGUCUCUCAGGGCUAAUGCCAGGAUACCAUUAGAAAGUGAUGGUGCAGACCUGUUCACCAUGACUGGUCCAAGGGAUGGAGACAUCUCUGUCCAUUUCUCUUUGGACCUAGAAUCAGCCAGGGCUCCACCACAUGUCCAAGCAGCCACCAGACUCCAUUUCAGACUCAAGCAGAACAGGAGAAAUGAGGCUUCAGUCUCUCUGAUCAGGUCAUUGGCUGGACCUCAAGAAAUUGAAUUGCAAUUGAGGAUGGAUGUGGUUUCUGACAACUCUUAUGGAGGUGCAGCAGUGGCUAAAAUUUUGAUCUACAUUUCACAAUUUGACUACUGAGUUGGUCUGAGCAAAUACACAUCCCCAAGUUUUCUAUCAAGGC